AUUUUCAAAAGGGGAAAGUCUAAAAAUCUUCCCUGAUGUUGAGGAAUUCGUUACAAAGCUUUUACAAUACAACUCGGCUGGAGGUAAGAAGACUCGUGGACUCAUGACUGUCACUGCCUAUCAAAUGUUGGAAAAACCAGAUAAUUUAUGUGAAGGGUCGAUGCGACAAGCACGUACUCUCGGCUGGUGCAUUGAACUGUUACAAACGUGCAUGCUUCUCAUGGAUGACAUAAUCGACAACUCUACGACGCGCCGCGGCGCCCUCUGCUGGUACCGACGACCGGACGUCGGUACACGUGCGGUUAACGACACCUCCUUGCUCUUGGCCCUUAUUUUCGAACAAUUAAAGAUCAAUUUCAGCGAAAAGCAAUAUUAUCCGGAUCUAAUAAGAGUUUUUAAUGAGGCUGUUUCCCAAAUAAGUAUAGGCCAAUAUUUAGAUUUCGUAGCUGCGCGUAACAUUAACAGUUUUAAUGAGAAGAACUACACUAACAUAGCUGUCUUCAAGACGGUCUACUACACUUUCAAGCUGCCAGUUUACGUGAGCUUGCUCUUAGCUAAUAAGUCGUGUGUUGAUGCAUAUAAAAAUGAAAAGGAGUUGUUGAAAGAAAUGGGAAUCCUUACAUUGAUGCAAAACGAUUUCCUCGAUUGUUUUGGCGACGAAAAAGUAGUAGGCAAGGCAGGCACAGACAUCCAGGAGGGCAAGUGCACGUGGCUGGCGGUGCAGGCGCUGGCGCGCGGCGGAGACGCGGCGCGCGCGCUGCUCGAGGCGUGCUACGGCCGCGCCGACGAAGCUAGUGCGCGCCGCGUGCGCACGCUAUACGAGCGGCUGCGGUUACCGCAGCUUUACCGCGAUGCAGAACAAGCCGCACGCAAGAAAAUCCUCAAGCAAAUAGAUGCAAUACCCGCUGACAAUAUCGUACCACCCGCUCUCAUUCGAAAACUCUUUCAUAUGGUGUACCAUAUUCCUAUGUAGAAAUGAUCCGAUCUGAACUCGCGUGCUGCGUCUCUAAAACGCGCGUUUGUCUCGCAUUUUGUACGAUCUUUAAUUUAAAAUAAGUACCUAGUAAACUUUUACCUAGGUAAAUACCUAAAACAUUAAAUUAACAUUAAAAAGAUACUUCUACGAUCCACUGUUAAUGUCUUUUUAUUCUUAUUUUA